ACACAGCAGCCUUUUUCUCUGAGCGGAAGGAGGAAGAGCAGAGGGAAAACAUUAAACUCUUCAAGUAAAAAUCCUCCAUAAAUACAUAUUUGUGUCAUGGAGGUCCCCGGGCAGGACAGCGACUGGAGGAGCCCUCAGUUCCGACAAAAAGUCGUCGCUCAGAUUGAAGAGGCGAUGAGGAAGGCAGGAACCGCACACACCAAGUCCAGCCAAGACAUGGAGAACCACGUUUACGUCAAGGCCAAAUCCAGAGAGGAGUAUUUAUCUCUGGUGGCCAGGCUCAUCAUACACUUCAGGGACAUCCACAAGAAGGCACUCGGAGUUCAAGAUCCCAUGAAUGCCCUGACUAACCUGACGGGGGUUGGCGGGGGCCCGGGCGCCAUUGGCAUGGGGCCCCGCCCGACCGGGGCUCCAGUGGGUGGCAUGGGGGCCAUGGGGAUGCAGAUAGGCCAGCAUGCCAUGGCAGGGGUGGCUGGAAACCCACAAGCCAUUGGGGGUCCAGGACAGAUGCCGAUGCAGCAGAUGGUGCAGGCGCAGCAGCAGUCGCUCCAGUUCCAGCAGUUCCAGCAGCAGCAGCAGCAGCAGCAGAACGCUGCCAUGCAGCAGCAGCAGAACGCUGCCAUGCAGCAGCAGCAGAACGCCAUGCAGCAACAGCAACAGCAGCAGCAGAACGCUGCCAUGCAGCAGCAGUUGCUGAGGGUGCAGCAGAUGCAGCAGCAGCAGCAGCAGCAGCAGCAGCAGCAGCACCACCAGAACCAGCAACUUCAGCAGCACCAGAACCAGCAGCAGCAGCAGCAGCACAGCCAGCGGGGCAUCAGACACAUGGUUCAGCAGCAGCAGGUUCAGGCCCAGGUUCAGCCCCAGCCGGGUCAGAUGCCUCCCCACCCUCAGCAGCAGCAGCAGCAGCAGCCCGGCAUGGUGCCCCAGUCUCUGGCGGGGCAGAUGGCGUCCGCUCAGCAUGUCCCCAUCAACUCACUCAGUCAGCAGCAGCACCAGCUCAAGAUCCAGGCCUUCCAGCAGCAGCAGCAGGCCCAGCAGGCCCAGCAGGCCCAGCAGGCCCAGCAGGCCCAGCAGGCCCAGCAGGCCCAGCAGGCCCAGCAGGCCCAGCAGGCCCAGCAAGCAGCGCAGCAAGCCGCAGCUCAGGCGCAGCUCAACGCGGCUGCCGCAGCCGGCGUUACUGGACAGUUGGUGCGUCCCGGGAUGCCGAUUCCUCCCCGGAUGCCUCGAGCCCUGAAUCCCUCCAUCCCUCCUCCAAACGCUGCCGCGGCCGCCGCAGCAGCUGCCGCCGCAGCCGCCGCCGCCGCCGCUGCUGCCGCCGCCACCGGUGUGGGAGCACAGCAGAUGAGCCAGCAGGCACAGCAGCAUCAGAUAAUGUCAUCGCCUUCACCUGUGCAGCCGAUGCCCCCCCCUCCCCAGCCGUCGCCUCAACCCCCCACCUCACAGCCCAACUCAGUCAGCUCUGGUCCCACUCCGUCUCCGGGGGGUUUCCAGCCCAGCCCCUCCCCUCAGCCCUCACAGAGCCCCGCCACCGCCAGGACCCCCCAGAACUACGGGGUGCCGUCUCCUGGACCGCUCAAUACUCCAGGUAACCCCAGCUCAGUGAUGAGUCCGGCAGGGGCCACGUCUCUGGAGGACCAGCAGUACAUGGAGAAACUCAAACAGUUGUCUAAAUACAUUGAGCCUCUGCGCCGGAUGAUCAACAAGAUCGACAAAAAUGAAGACAGAAAGAAAGAUCUGAGUAAGAUGAAGAGUCUGUUAAACAUCCUGACUGAUCCAAACACCAGGUGUCCUCUGAAGACGCUGCAGAAGUGUGAAAUUGCUUUAGAGAAGCUGAAGAACGACAUGGCCGUUUCCAGCCGACCCCCCCCCCCAGUGCCCACCAAACAGCAGUACUUCUGUCAGUCGCUGCUGGACACCGUCAUGGCCAACAUCCGCUCGCCCGUCUUCAACCACUCUCUGCACCGGACCUUCGCCCCCGCCAUGACCGCUAUCCACGGGCCGCCCAUCACCGGUCCCAACAUCUCCGGGAGGAAGAGGAAGCAUGAGGAGGACGAGCGGCAGACCAUCCCCAACAUCCUGCAGGGAGAGGUGGCUCGCCUCGACGUCAAGUUCCUCGUCAACCUGGACCCGUCCUUCUGCAGCAACAACGGGACCGUGCACCUCGUCUGCAAACUGGAUGAUAAGAACCUGCCCAGUGUUCCUCCCCUGCAGCUCAGCGUUCCUGCCGAUUACCCCGAUCAGAGUCCGUACUGGGCCGACGACGGGGACCAGUACGGUGCGAACAGCUUCCUGCAGACGGUGCACAGGAACAUGACAUCCAAACUGCUGCAGCUCCCCGACAAACACUCGGUGACGGAGCUGCUCAACACCUGGGCUCAGAGCGUCCGCCAGGCCUGUCUGUCAGCCGCCUGAAGCCCCUCUCCUGUCUCCAUCUGCUGCAGACACAACACUACAGUUGGAGCAAACGUUAGCGGACGGCUGCUUCCCCUCCGCUACCCGCUGGACUUUUCUCCGUCACAAAGAAAGAAAGAAAAAGAGCAGCAGUUGUUCCCCACGCUCAUCUUAGUCCCUGAACAUCUCCACGCGGUCUGAUCCCAAUGCAUUCUGGGUGAAAGAAGACGUCCUACAGCCAGAGAGCAGAUUUUAGCAGCUUGUAAAUAACACGAACUCCACGCAGGAAAGAGAGCCGGAGAAACCAGACCAUCAUGUAAAACAGCCCAGCUGUCAUUUAUCCCGAUAUAUAUUCCGAUCCCUGAAUGCAUCCCCGUUUCUUCUUCUUUAGUCGGAACGAGUUUCUGUUUGAGAUGUGAUGUCAGUUUUUGUACCACAGAAGAUAAACUCUGACUGACUGACUUCGUCUUUUCAGAGUGAAAAUAUAAAUGUAUUUUUUUUGCUAUCAUAAAUAAAUAAAAAACUUUUCAGUUGAACUUUUUAGAAUCUGUUUCAGUCACUGAAGACUAAAUAUUGUCGUUUUUAUUUUGGGUUCGCUGGUCGGCAGUUUGGGGUUCAACCAAAGUGGCUAAAAUGUCGUCUGAGAAUGGACAUUUUAAAGGGGGGCUAUACAGUUUGGGCCAUUUCUUGGCUGGCUUUUUGCUGGCAGGUUUCUCUAUAGAGCUCCUCUACAGCUUUGGAAUAGAUAUUUGGCAGCAUUGUCGUAAAAACUCAUUGGCAACUCUCCCCACCUCCCAUGUGCAUGUGUUUUCAAAGAAGCCGGCGAAUGCGCGGAGCCAUGUCCACUGAGGUUUUUCUCUCCCGGGUCCGUAACGUGAUUCUUUUUUCCUACAACUGCCUCAGAACGCUGUCCGAGCAGAAGCAACUACCGUUUGCCAACACAAAGCUGACAAGAAACUCUGUGCCGGCCCAAAGUACGGCAGCUUCGGCCACAG